AUGAAAGUGACCGUGCUCGAGUGGAAAGGAUUCUGCACUUGGCAUUGGGACCUAUCGUCGUCUCUUCCCAAUACUGGCAACAAUAGUGGAUACGUCGAGGAAUUGUGUGGAAUAUGUCGUGUCUCCUUUGAUGGUGCAUGUCCCACCUGCAAAUACCCCGGCGACGAGUGCCCAGUCAUUCUUGGACAUGGAUGCACCCACAACUUUCAUUUACACUGCAUAUUGAAAUGGCUAGAACAGGAAUCAUCAAAGGGGUUGUGUCCAAUGUGCAGACAAAUAUUUACGUUCAAGCAGAUAGCGAAUGGCUCGCUGGUUGAGUAUGCCAAUCUCAAAACUUUGAUUGAUGGGCAUAGAGUAAUGAGAGAAAGGCUUCUGCCGAAUAACGAGCUGGAAUUUGAAGCAUUCGACGCUGAAGGCGAUUAA